AUGGCGCCUACCACGGUUAGAAAAGCGCCUUACAAGGACUUCCUACAGCCUGCUCUUCACAGACGAUUCACUUCUACGGCGACUGUUUUGCUGCUCGUGUCCUAUUUGUUGGCGGUCGUCCUGGACAGCUGGAAAUCUUACUUUUGGUCUUGGUUUCCCAUUGGCCCUGUUGGUGUACGAACCCUCUUCAUCUUCACAUGUGGCCUUGCGAUCGUCGUUCUCCGAAUAGCAAACUACCACGUUGGCCUACGAACCACUGGCCCUGGCUUUCAGACCCUUCGCAACACAAUCACUCAGCUUCAAACAUACGAGACUUUGUUUUGGUAUGGCUUCUCCAGCCUGCUGUUUAGCCAUGUGUUCCUAUGGGCAAUGCCCAAGGCGGCCAACCUCUCUUGGAUCACGUACUUCAGCGGUGACCGUGCGAGACUGAACGAGAGACCGCUGUUCUUGCUUGCGUACAUGGUCUCAUGUGCCAUCACGCAAACCUUCAAUCAUUACCGAAAGGACACCGAUCGUCUGGUCCUGGCAUCGUCAAAGGGCAAGAACGAGAAGCAGCCUGACGCGUUGAAGCUCCUGAUUACUGCAGUCCCAGCAACAUUUGGCGCUUCUCUUUCCGGUGCUGCAAGUGCGCUGCCUGUCGCCCUGAUUCUAUACUACACCAUACUGCGAUCUUUCAUCUGGGGAUGGGCGCUUAUGUUCUUGCGCAUCUUCUAUAACCUGCCAAAGACCAACAUGCUCCCGCCUAGUUGGCCGAGUGAUCUUUGGCUUCUUUUCCGAUGCAUAGAGGCUGGAACUUUCGUGCAUUUGAUAUGGAAUAUUGGUAACUUUGCUUUCUCGAAAUUCAUGGUCAAGGAGCCCCUGAAGAAUGGCAAGCCUCUUACCUCUGAGUCCAAGGACCCCAAUGGCAGUCUUCUGAACGGUCUUAAGAGCAAGAAACUCUCUAUCAAGGCAUUUGCGAUGUGGGAGCUUGCAAUCAUUGCGCAAGGCUUUGAGACCCGUCGACAGGCCAUCUACGAAGACAUCGAUCGUAAGGAUGGACCUAUGUGGUCCCAGGUCUACGCCAUCUGUAUGGAAGUGGUCAAGUCCAUCGAGACGCGAAUUGAUACCUACGGUAAAGCUCCUGAUGCACCACCCGCUGCGCCGGCUCCGGAGCCCAAGCAGCGAGUAUCCGCUCCUCUUCGCGACGAUCCCAUCUUUAACAGUCGAGGGACUUCCAAGACGAUGCUCAGUGAGGUUGAGAAGCGAUUAGGACAGUCCGCACUAUCUCCUGGCGAGUCUCCUAUGUCCAACUUGAGCCCUAUCGCAAAGAAGACAUGGAAAGAGGCCAAGGACCGGGUCUUGACGAAGGAGCAGCAGGAACUUGUUGCUCCCGAUCACAUAAAGAGCCAAUUUGAACACUGGACUCUCCAAAUGAUGGAGGUAGACACUGUGGCUGCCCUUUUCCAGCAAGAUUUCCGAACCCAAUUUGCUGCUGCGGUGCUGGGUACUCCAUACGCUGAGCCUACGCUUUGCAUCAAUGCGAUCAACGUGCUUCACCAUCUAUCAGUGCACAGCUUGGCAGAAGAUCAAUUUGGUAAUGUGCACAGAGAUGUGCCAAGCAUUAUCCGAACCUUCACAUCAGUAAUCAAGAAACUGGAGGCCUUCCGCCUGCAGUUCCCACUGCACUGGACUGAUGUGUCGGGUAAGAGGAUCAGCCCCGAGGUGGAAGAAGUUGUGGAAGCUCUGAAGACUGCUUUGCAACAGGUGCUGGGCAAGUUCGAGCCUUAUAGCAGCGACCUUAGACUGACACUUACUGAUAUUCGCUUGGCCAAGGAGGCUUCUGCGACUUCAAAAAAGUCUGAGAUGGCAGAAGUGGUGCGAUAG